AUGCUCGGUAAAAGCCUUCGGAAGGCGUUUUUGGCCUGUGCAGCCUCCGCUGUACUUGCACGCACUUUGGUGUACAGCUGCUCGGCGGCAACCGCCGGCGAGCCUGCCCUUCCAUCGCCAAGUCAGAAUGGUGCCCAGGGGCGAACCUCUGCAGCCGCAGCGGAAAAUCCACAGGAUUAUAUUCCUGGGCCAUCGGGUUUUCUCGAAGGUAAGAAUCCCGCAUCGCAGGUUGCUGCUUUGACCAGCGGACGUCACUUGGAACCUCCCGCCGUUCUCGGGUCAUCUGGGGAGCAAGUGGAAGCAACUCAGUCUCAUCUCAGCUCCCCUGAGCCAUCUUCCCAGUUGCAGACCUCUGGUGCUCAUAUUGCCUCUCCUUCCGCUGAAGCGGCAAAGCACCACAUGGGCGCUGCUGCCGGACGCCGGCUGGAAGGCCCUUUCACCAAGGUGAUGGGCGCCCACGAGCUGUUCUCUAAGAACACGUUUCCUCGCAGCAUCUCUCCACCUCGUCGCCUGCAGUUCCUGGCUGGUAUUUCCCAGCUAACGCAGCUACCACAACUUAACACUCUGCCGAACUUGCUUAGUAGCGGACUGAGCGCGCGUGACAGGGAUCAGUUGGAAACUUUCUCCAGAAGGGUCGCCACGAGCAGAGAACGCGUAUACAAAGACUUGCUUUUCGCUACGGGGGGAAAACAACAUGGGCUGGACGAGUUUGCAAUGAAGCAGCUGGUGGCCAAAGUCGGACUCGAGAACUUGCCCAGCGGAAAUGUCCCAUCUUCCUCGCAGUUGUCUCACCAAGAGUUUCGCGUGCUGGAGGCAGCACGGCGCAGCCACUUCACCGUGGAGCGGAUAAUUGCAGCGUAUGAAAGAGAAGUGGCUCAGCACGCUAGGAACCUCCGUAAUGUGCUGGAGGCGAACAUAAACAACCCAAGCAUUCGUGCAAAGAUAACAUCAAUCGCAUCCGACAACCUCUUCAGGCGGCCCAGAGAUGUCAGUGUUCGACGGCUUCGGGAGUCUCCCCACAACAGAAAUCUUGCUGCUUUGUUGCAGGGGGCGGGCCUGCUGGGUACUGCGGGCUCCCUCAUCCGUUCGAUGGACCCAUCGAGCCUCACCCACUCCCUCAGUGCUGGCCUCGGAGGACUUGGGCUUCAGCAUUUGCACCUUCCCAAUAUUGGCGGCAUUGGUGUCCGCCAAGACGGGACUUCCCAAGCGUUGCUACCUAUCACCGACGUCGGCGGUCUUCAGCAGGCUCUGCAGUCUGUGUUCCCGUUGUCUCAGCAGGUGAAUGCUCUCGCUGGCCCGCUUCGCUCUUUCCAACAAGGCGUGGAGACAGCUACAGACGGCGCGAUUGGUGCGUUCCUGUCCAGAGAGGGACUGCUGCCUUUCUUGUCUGUUGAUACGGCAAAGGAACUUCUCGGCGGCCUCAUAGGAGGAGAGGCAAUCGGCCCUCAUGGAAUAACGGAUUGGCACGACUUGGGACUAUCUCCCACUUCGGUCAGUGGGCUUGCAGCAGUGAUGCCUUUCGACACGUUCCUCAACAAGUUCGCCGCGUUGGCCCAUGAAGUUGAUUCCGAUGUGGGAGUAAUGAAGAGAGAAGCCAGAAAACGCCUUGGUGCAGGGGGCGUCUCCAUACUCCCAAAUCAAUUGAGCCAGGUUGACAGCAUAUUAGACCGCCUUGUCUGGGGCACCCUGCGCGCCCCCGUAAGGCGGCUCCAGCAAACGGAAGGAACAGAAGAGAUGAGGCAACCUCAACUGCAAGUUCCAGCUCAGCACGUGACAUUCGCCCCACGGACAUCUGCACACACGCCAACUACGGAACCGCAGCAUCCACCUACACCAGCCCAGCAAGAGCUGCAGCCGCAAGUGGUUCCAGCUGACUUACCUCAGCGAAUGGCUCCCAUUGGUCAACCGCUCAAACCGAUCGUGCCAUCCCAACCCAAACAACCACUUCCAGAGCCUGAGCAGCCUCCUGCCGAGACUGAUCAGCCUAGUCCCGAGCCUGAUAAGGUCAUCUUCAAGCCUAACCAGCCUACCCCCGAGCUUAUUCAGCCUACCCCGGCGCCUGUUCAGCCUACUCCCGAGCCUAUUCUGCCUACCCCAGAACCUAGUCAGCCUAUCUCAGAUCCUGAACAGCCUUCCCCCGAGCCAGAGCAGCCUGCAUCUGCGCCUGAAGGGUCACCGAUAGGGCAGGGGCCUGAGGACAACCAACAGCAAGACCAACAGAUGGAAGACAACACCGCCACCGUAGACAGUUUGCUUGGCUCCCUGCUCGAUCACGACCCCGAAGAGAUGGAUUCUGAAGAAGAGAUGCUCGCGGCGCUGCAACGAGUUGAGCUCUUGGCGGAUGCCGUCACCGUGCUCCUAAGGGAGUAUGAAAAAGCAGUGGAGCACCUGCAGGACCUUUUAGACGACCAAUUAGAUGCUGCGGAGGAAAUCCGAGAAGAGCUUGAAGAUCAAGUCAAGGAAAUUAGGGAUCAGGUCAAAACUGCGCGGAAGCCAAUGCAGCAGAGAGCAGCAACUGCAGCAGCAGAGGUGGCGAGGGCUUACGACGGAGCCUUAGAGGGAUUCAAGGCCUCCUUAGAGGCCCUCCUAGAGCAGCCCCAGAAAACCCAGCCCGCGUCGCCAACAAUGCAAGAGGACUUCGCAACUUUGGCUGCCAGAAUUCAAGCUGCUGCUGACGAAAAGCUGCCGUUCUUUGCCACUGCCCACUGA